AUGGUGUAUCUGAGAUGUAGGGAAAGUUCAUGCAAUGACCCAACAGUUCCCUGGGGAGCACUCUACCACACAGAGAAUCUUGACCCUGAUGUAAAGCAGAGAGUAGUCGUUAUCACAGCCAGGGUUCAUCCUGGAGAAACACCAGCAUCAUAUGUCUGUCAAGGUGUGCUUGAUUUCUUGUUAAGUCAGCACCCCAUAGCCAAGGUUCUUCGUGAUCACAUCGUCUUCAAAGUGGUUCCUAUGCUCAACCCAGAUGGUGUCUACCUCGGGAACUACAGAUGUUCACUGAUGGGCUUUGAUUUGAACCGCCAUUGGCAUGAGCCUUCUCCGUGGGCACACCCCACUCUACAUGCUACUAAACAACUCCUAGUUGAUAUGAACGCUAACCCGAAUAUAGAGGUUGAUUUCUAUGUUGACAUUCAUGCCCACUCGACACUGAUGAAUGGGUUCAUGUAUGGAAAUGUAUACGAUGACCCAGUCCGGUACGAGAAACAGGCCAUCUUCCCGAAGCUCAUGUGCUCCAACGCCGAUGAUUUCUCAAUGAUGAAUACGUCGUUCAACCGUGAUUCGGUGAAAGCCGGGACAGGACGUCGUUUCUUAGGAGGUAUACUGGAUGAGAAUUCUCUUUGUUAUACACUAGAAGUCUCUUUCUUCUGCUAUACACCCAGUUCAUCGUCUACUGUAGUCCCAUAUGACGACGAUUCAUACAUGAAACUUGGAAGGAAUCUAGUGAAGACGUUUCUCGAUUACUACAAACUCUCAUCGUUAAUCACACCUAAGCCGGCGGCUAAUAUAUCAACUGUUAACCAAUUCAGGAGAAGAGAGAAGUCGGCAAAGGGCAGUAAAGGAGAAAUGGCUAAGAAUGAAAGGAGAGCUAACUCGGAGAUGAGCAAAUACUCAAUGAGGAAUAAUAACGAUAGUCACAGCGCCUCCACUGUCAACGGUAGUCCAACGGUACAGCUGAAAUUCCACCAUAGAGAAACAAAGAGAUGAUACCAGAAAUACAGUAUUAAGAGACUCUUAGUGAAUGAAUCUCACUGAAAGAUACAUAUUUGUUGAUUUUCAAGAGGAUGUUGAGACAAUCGUGUUUGCGCAUAGAUGUUCUAGGAGUGGGCUUCGCUGAUGUAGCCAACGUGUGCUGUGCAAUUCAAUGUGCCUUUGUCUCCUGGGUGAAAUUCUCCUUUUGUAUGUCACAUUUUUAUCAUCCCCAAGUUAUAUGAGAUGAUGCCAGGGGGCCGUUUCAUAAAGCUAUUCGUAAGUUAAGAGCAACUUUAAGAACGACUGGUGAUCCUUUCUUACCCACUAAACCAUCGUCAAUGAAUAUCUGGAGCGUUGUGGCCCAGUGGAUUAGUCUCCGGACUUUGAAACAGAGGGUCGUGGGUUCGAAUCCCAGCCAUGGCAUAAUUUUCUUCGUCAAGAAAUUUAUUAACUCAACCCAGGUGAGGUGAAUGAGUACCCAGUAGGAAGAAAUUCCUUGAAUGCUCGAGCGCCCUAUCAAGGUAGCCGUGCAAAAGCCGGGGUAAUAAUAAUAGCAGGGCCUGCUGGGAGAACAGUUUUUGGAACUGAAGUGGCUACCCUGGGUAAAUAUGCCGUUAUUAUUAUUUCUAUACCAUUUACCAUAAGAAAGGAUGACCAAUCGCUCUUAACUUACGAACAGCUUUAUGAAACACUCACUUGGUAAAUGGUCAGUAAUGUAAAUUAUAUUUGAGUUUAAACCUUACAUUCCAAUAUUACAAAAGUGCUGUGGUCACUGGUCAGAGUUUAGACCAUUGUUUAAACCAAACCCCAUUCAGAAUAAGGACCCAGGUCUGGUGCCUUUAAUAUAGCACAGAAACCUUGGGCUGGUCUUACAAAGAGUUGCGAUCGACCCGAUCGAUCACAACUAUGGACAGCCAGCAAAAUCAACAUUUAAAAUGCACGUUUGUUCAAAAUAUUUUCUAGAUAUGUAUAUCCAUACGUUCAUCAUUCUCUUAAAGAUUCAGUGUGAUUCUCUUUGUUAACUAAGGAGAUUGUGCAAAUUUCCUGUAGAAAAAAUUAUGGUAUGGAUGGAUUUUCAUACAGUUGAUAUUGAUUGGAUCAGUCAUAACUUUUUGUAAGAUGGGGCCCUUGUCUCUAUUUCGACAACUCGCGAGGAUUGUAUUGCCCGACCAAUUUUUUUUAUAGUUCUCACAUGGUGGAAACUUUGUUUAUUAUUCUUCCCGAAACCACAAAACGGCAUCUCCUUUGAAAAAACAAAUUCUAAGUUACCAAGUGGGUGUUUCAUAAAGCUGUUUGUAAGUUAUGAGUGACUUUACAAGUGACCGGUGACCCUUUCCUAGGAACUAAAUCAACACUGAGAAAAAUCUGGUGUUUGUAAUUCAUUACAAGAAAGGGUCACUAGUCGUUCCAAAAGUUGCACGGAACUUAUGAACAGCUUUAACCCUAAAAUGGCCGGGGGGGGGUUGAAUCAACCCCCCCCUCAACAUUUUCUGCGAUCAUUCCGCCGCGCGAAAUUUUUUGACCGCGCCACUCACAGAGUUUAUACUUUUAAGUCUCGCGCAUCUUUUGAGACCAAAUUUAUGACGCCCGGGUACGCGGUUCCGAAAUUACGCAACAUUUUGUAAGUGCAUGUCAGACCAAAAAUUGUUCAAAAACGUGAUUUUGUGUACAAAGUCAAUGCAAAUUGAGUUUUCUCAUCUUAUUCAUAAAGAUAUGAUUAUUUUUACUUCAAACUGCUGAAAGCAAUUGAUUUUAGCAUAAUUAUGCUUCAAAAAGGUUGUGCAAUAAAUCUGGUGAGAAAAACAAAGAAAAACAAAAGGUUGAAAAACAACGAAAUACAUAAAAAAUUCAUAAAACAAUAAAAUACAUAAGAAAUUGAUUUCCAAACCAAAGUUUUUUUCAAUUGCCAUUGUUAAGAAUGCUACAAAGGAUAUUUUUACCAAAAAUUAGCAUUCUAGGAGCUUUAUUUAGUGAAUUAGAGCAAAAAGUAUGAUUUAUGCAUAAAUUAGCAUAAUUAAUUCAUAUAAAAUAAGAUCUCAUUAUUUUGGAAAAUUUUACCAUACAGCCUUGUAGAUUACAUCGCACACUACCAGCGUGCAAAUUUUUGCGGCGCUCGCGCGAUCGGCGGCCGAGAUCUCAGGGGGGGCCGGGGGGGUUGAAUCAACCCCCCCCUACCCCCCGGCCACAGAACAGCCAAAAAAGCCCGGCCUAGUUAGGGUUAAGGAACACCCACCUGGGCAGUUGUAUUAGAAUCAUCAUGCAUAAGGUUACAUAAGUUUUAGCCCUGGACGCAGGUUCUUCUGUUCCUCUAUGUCCAGCUCCUAGUGAUAAACAGUGACGUCUGAAGAAUUGGCACGGUCCGGGGGAGGGAGGAACCUUAUAAUCAAAAUUAGAUUCUGCAUUACGCCACCGAAAAUCAAUCCUCUUUUCAAAUUGUAAUACAUCCUUAGAUUCUACUACAAGCUCAGGAAGACUAUAUUCCAUAAGUUACAGAUUCUCAAUGUAAAAAAGUUCUGAAGUGUAUUCUUAUUAGCCCUAAUAUUGAAAAGCUUGUGUGCAUGACCCCUUGUACUGGUGAGAGAAUGAAGUUGCAGACAUGGGGCAACAUCAGAGUCAUAUUUGUUGAGAAUCUUAAAGGUUCCUAUCAUGUCACCCCUAGCUCAUCUAUAAACAAGAGUAGGCAAAUUAUGUUACUGUCUUUUGUUUAAAUUCACUUGUACAUAGUUGAACAGAUCUAUAUUAUCAGACACCUCAGCUUCUGAAAGGAUAAAUGGUGUCUUUGAAAUUAUGCAGUUCUUGAUUGGUUUCCCCCAAAGGUAUAAAGCUAGUGUUGACACUCUGAUUAUGUGAAAUGGAACAAUGAAAUUCAUUUAAUUUUCAGUGUGCAUUGUAUAUCACGCCUUAUGCACAUCAUCGAUAUAUUCGGUUGAGAUUGAGACAGUAGCUUUUGCCAGAUAUUUGUUGUUUAUGAAAUUGUAAUAGAAAUGCUACACUCUGAAAAUUAUGAACAAUAUUUUCAAAAAGGGCAUUUUCGUUAAGUCCUGCAUUGUAUAACAAAACAUUUAUACGCACAACAAAGGCGAGAUGCAGAAUCAAUGUCACACAUUUAUUACUUUGUAUUUUAUUGUAUGAAAUAUAAAUAUUUCAAAUUUUACAGAUUUGACACAAUGGCCCAUAUUCUGAAGUUGGAUUUAUAAUAACUUUAUGCAAGACUGGAACAUGUUCUUAGGUGUAAGUCAGCUAUAUAGGGAUAUAUCUUUUUUCACAAGUAAGGGUCACCAUUCCCGCACUAGUUAAAACUAGGUGCCCCUUGUGAAGAUUACCAUUUUCCUUUGGGGGUCAGGGUGUGCCCCUCAAGAAAAUAGUCACAUUCGCAUUGAUUCUAUUGUCACUUUUCUGGUAUGUGAUACGAAAUUCAUGCUUCAAUUGUUUCAAUAUUCUAAAAUUUAAUAUCACAGUAUAUAAUAAGACCACAAAACGGACUGCUUUGUAUUGUACAGAAAUAUUUAUUUGUACUUCAAAACUUAAUUUUGUCGAUAAAUUUCAAUGAAUCAUA